CACAUAUAUACUUGUAUACAAUGAUUUUUUGUUCUGAAAGUCCCCCUCCUUUUUCUCAUCAAUUCUUGCUACCACCCAAUAUAGUUAGUAUCUCCAUUUAUGACAUAGUCCAUUGUAACACAUCUCCUUUGCAUACUAUUAUUAGCCAGCAGCAGCUGGGACAGAAUUAAUAGCAAGGACCAGGCCCCCAGCUAUCUCAUGUUUCCCAUUUUCUCUUUUCUCAAUCUCAACCAUUUGGAGAAAUAAAAUUAGAACUAAUAAUUGGAGAAGAAGAAGAAGUAGAAGAAAAAAAAUUGUAUAUUACCCUCAUUUUCUUUUCUCAGUCUCAAACACUUCGAACCAACGCGACUCUUGUUGUGUUUACUUUGUCUCUCUGAAAAUGAGCCAGUGUGUUCCCAGCUGGGAUUUUGAUGACAAUCCACCGCCACCGCCUAGGAACUCUCUUCGUUCUCACUCCAACGCCACCGCUCCUGAUGCUUCCAUGUCCGACUAUGAAGUAGCGGAGCUGACAUGGGAAAAUGGCCAGGUGGCCAUGCACGGCUUAGGUCUACCACGCUUGCCUUCCAAACCUCCAUCUUGGGACAAGCCGCGCGCUACUGGUACUCUGGAGUCCAUAGUCAACCAAGCCACCGGUACUAAUUUGCCUCGGUUUUCCAAGCUUCCCUUUGAUAACACCCUCACUUCUGCUACUGGCGGUGGCACUAAUAACGAAUUAGUGACCUGGUUUGAUCAUCACCGUAGUGUUGCCACCUCCGGUGCUCCCUCCAACACCGUGACCAUGGACGCGUUGGUGCCUUGCAGGAACAACCAAUCUGAUGAACCAAACAGUAGCCAUUUGAUAGACUCUUUAGUUUCCGUGCCAGGAGUGCUCGGCAGUUCUGCAGGUACGGGCUUAAUCAAUGGGUGCUCCACCCGAGUAGGGUCGUGCAGCGUUGCCGCGGCCCAUGGCGAGAACACUCGCCGCAUGGAAAAACACGCGGCAAGCGUUGCACGUGUACCUUCUACACCCGAGUGGAACAGCCGAUCCCCGAGCGUGAGCGGUAGUGCCACGUUUGGUCUGGAUAGCCAGCAAGUCACACUUGAUACUAAGGGAAGCGACCGUGACUCGGCUUGUCACAGUAGACUACAGAGAGAGGCCAGCGAUCAGGAGGAGAGAAAGAAGCGAUGUACUGGAAAAUCCUCAGUUUCCACAAAAAGGAGUAGGGCUGCUGCUAUACAUAACCAAUCUGAACGAAAAAGGAGAGAUAAGAUCAACCAGAGGAUGAAGACGCUGCAGAAGCUGGUCCCAAAUUCCAGUAAGACUGAUAAAGCUUCAAUGCUGGAUGAGGUGAUUGAAUACUUGAAACAAUUGCAAGCUCAAGUCCAUGUGAUAAGCAGAAUGAACAUGCCAGCCAUGAUGUUGCCGAUGGCUAUGCAGCAGCAACUUCAAAUGUCGAUGAUGGCGCCAAGAAAUAUGGGCAUGGGGAUUGGGAUGGGGAUGGGAAUGGGAAUGCCGGGAAUAGGAAUGGACAUGAACAACAUCGCCCUCCCCAACAUAGCCGGAGUCCCUCCAGUUCUUCACCCAACUGCAUUCAUGGCGCCCAUGACUUCAUGGGAUGGCUCUGCCGGAGGCGCUGAUCCCUUGUCAGCAUAUCUUGCAUGCCAAUCGCAGCCGAUGAGCAUGGAAGCUUACAGCAUGAUGGCGGCCAUGUAUCAACAAUUCCAUCAGCAACCAGCACCAUCACCAUCUAGUUCUAAGAGCUAAUACAUACGAAGUUGAAUUGCCUGCUAGCUAUUUAGCUUGAUAUCUUGUAUAAUAAAUAGCAAGGAAUGUACGCAUACAACUGAAUUGGUUGGUUAUGUCUUUUUUGGCCUAGUGUAAACUGAAUAUUGGUUUUCUUUUAUCGGAACAUAUAUACUGAACAUACUACAUGUACUUUUAUCCAUAUAGUAUGACUCGUGAGUCUUCCAGAUUGAGGAAUCAUAAUGAGUGGAACUGUG